AUGGAAGAAGGUGGAAGUGAGGAAAGGAAAAAGGAAGAUGGUGAAAGGUUUUCGGUAAUUUAUCGUAGGGUUAAUCAGAGUCGAAGGACAGACCCGAGUCUGUUGGUCAUUGACUGUGAACUGUUUUACAUUCGACUUGGUGGAACACGGAGUAGGGGAAAACUACACAUUGGAACUGAAGAAAUAGACCUGGCAGUUGGCGGUAUCCGAGUGGUAUGGACUGUAGAAUCCAAAGACGCUGCAGUAUCUGUAUUAAUGAAUAGCGAUUAG